CUCUGAUAGAAAAAAAUCGAAAGAUAUGGAUAUCAUUUAGGUGCUGUCACACGAUGCGAACAUUCAUCAGAAAAUCGCAUCGUGUGGCCGUACCUUUUAAUUCUCGUAGCAGUACCAUAUAGGUUCCUAAUAUAUACGUGGAUUAGUUUCAUGUCGAGUUAAUUGAUCACAUCUAUAUAACAUGGACUUCACUCCAAUAACAACACAGCAGCCAUUACCAAUUGGACAGAAAGAUGGACAUGUCCAACCAACAGAACUCCUGAGGCGUGGCCCGGUGUCCGUGCGGAAUGCCACUGAAUCAGAAGAAGACAGGGAGUUCAUAGGAAAGUUGGUGAUUGAGGCGUUUGAACGAAAAGUCGUUCAUGCUACCAGUCGAGCAAGUUUACCCGCGAUGAAUACUAUAUAUUCCAACCACAUGAGAGGGAGGCCUCCACUGUUUUAUGAAAGACACUUCAUUGCCGAAUAUAACGGAGAGAGGGCUGGUACUUGUGUUUUACAUUACCAUGGAGACGCGGAACUUUUCCCGGAUAGAAGUGAAGAUAUACCGCCACUCAGCUGUUGUGAUCUGUGUGGCCUUUGGCUUUUACAACUGGGAACCCCGAAAGAUUAUCCAGCCGGAAAAUGUUAUCUGGAUCCUAUAUGUGUAGACGAGAAAUUCAGAGGAAAGGGCAUAGGAAAAGUUCUAUUAGACAUGGCUGAAAUAGACGCCAAGAAAAGGGGAUGCAAGGUUAUCUAUCUGUUGGUAGCUACAACUAACCGAGCCCAACACUUGUAUGAAAGACAGGGAUACCAUGUCAUAGAGAAAAAAUCUCUAUGCUGCUGUGGGUACUGGUGCAUGACCGGAGAAAGGGAGUUUGCUCGAAUGGACAAAGUUCUGGAUUAGCUGGUACAGCAUGUACAAACCAAGAUGGGGAUUCUUAAUGCAAAGAACAGUUUGUAUAGACGCAGCCAUUAUACAUGUACAUGGCUCAUCUCAUGAUGUAGAUCUAAAAUUUGUUAAUUUCCUUUGCUUGUUUGCAUGACAACACACAAGUCAUGAAAGUGUUUUUAAUAUCACAAGACAAAAUGGAAAGCUUUAAAAUUAUAGAUAUUACAAUUUUAGAACAAAUAAAUGAAGAGAAAUAUGAAAAAUACUUAGUACAUGGAUUAUUAAUGUUUUAUAUUGUGUUUUUUUUUUCAAGAAAAUAUUUCAAUAUUUUUUUUUUUUACUUUUUGAAAAUUAAAUUAUUAUUUAAACAGGUGCAUGUAUAAAUUUAUUUAUCUAAAUGUUACUUUUUUUGUACAAUUUUUAAACUGUGCAUGUAUAUUGUUCUGUAAAAAAAAAUUCAACAUGGAUACUCCAUGUUUUCAGAGUUGUUGUACAGGUAAAUAAAAAAAUAAAUAACGCUUU